AUGAGCAACACUGGAAGUGAUACCGACACCUCAUCAGUAGGAGCGCAGCGUCGUAAAGGAGUUAUUGACACCCGGCGAGCUGAACAAAAUAGAGCAGCACAACGAGCGUUUCGUCAAAGGAAGGAACGCUAUGUCAAGGAAUUGGAGAACAAGGUGCGUGAUAUGCAAGGCCUUCAAAACCGGGUUGAGAACUUGGAGGAUGAGAAUGCACGAUUAAGGCAGCGUAUAUGGGAGCUGUCUCAUCGACCAUCCACUACAUCAUCUUCUUCUUGGAGUCCAAGCGACGAAGAAUCGGCCCCGCCCUUAUCCACUUCAAGGUCUUCUACAACUACUACAACUACCGCUACUGCUGCUAUUCCUUCUACAAAACAUCACACUACUCGGCGAUAUCAUCCAUAUUCAACCGCUUCUACAACAUCUACUCCUCUUCCUCCUCCAACUUUACAUCCACCAACAACAUCAUCUCCCCCACCACCAUCAUUGAAUCGAUCAUCAGCAACACCAUUGCAUCCCACUGAUCGAUCACGUAAUAUUGCCCAUCAAGCACCCUCCUACUAUGCAACCAAGGAUCAUCAUCGUCAAAGUAAUGGUGGUGGUGGUACAGAAGAAAGUCGUGUAUUGGAUGAUCUAAUCACUGUAUUGCGUUCACGUCAUCGACCUCCCAUUCCAUCCCAUCUUGGAAGCGUUGGUAGUGCUGGUGGUGGUGAUUCUUCUUCAUCAUCCAAUUCAGAAAGUCCUCCUCCACCACCAACGGUAUCCUUGUCGACACCCAUAGAAACCCAACAACCACCAUCCCAACCACAACAACAACAGGUCAAAGCGCCCAUUCACUCAUGA